UCCUGCAGACACUGCAGCCCUCUUGCGCUGAGAGAACAGCACACCUCCAGCAGAGAGAGAGAGCGGAGCGCAUCACGAGUGCGCAUUGAAAAACAAAUGGAAUAUUUAUUACAGUCUUUACAUUAAAACAAGAAAACAGCCCCGGAGAGUCGACUGGAGGGCGAGAGGAGCAGUUUUUUCCCCCCAGGUGCGUUUUGUUUAAACUCUAAGUUGGGACUGAGUGAGGACAGUUUGCUGAAUUUCAGAAUAUUUUUUUGGAGCGAAGGUGUCAAGAUGGGAGAAGCAGGGUGGAACGGGCUGCUGGUGCUCGUGUGCGUCUCUUUGGCUGCUGUCACACAAGCAAAGACGGUGAAAUAUCAGACAUUUGAGGAAGACGCACCAGGGACAGUGAUUGGAAACUUGGCCAAGGACAUCUCCUCCUCUGCCUCUUCCUCGGGAGGCUCCAGGACCAAUUUCAGGAUGAUGAAACAGUUCAACUCGUCUUUCAUCCGGCUGAGGGAGAGCGACGGGCAGCUGACCAUCGGGGAGAGGAUAGACAGGGAGAGGAUCUGCAAACACACCCUGCACUGCCUCAUCGCUUUCGAUGUGGUCAGCUUCUCCAAAGAGCAGUUCAAACUCAUCCACGUCGAGGUGGAGGUCAAGGACAUCAACGACAACUCCCCCGAGUUCCCCCGGAAAGAGUCGAGUCUGGAGAUCUCCGAGAACACAGCGGUGGGCACGAGGAUCCCGCUGGACUUUGCCGUGGAUGAGGACGUUGGAGUGAAUUACAUCCAGAGCUACCAGAUCUCUGUCAACAGCCACUUUUCUAUCGACGUGCUCAGCAGGGCCGACGGGGUUAAAUAUGCGGAGCUGGUGCUCAUGAAGGAGCUGGACCGAGAGACGCAGGCUUCUUACGCGCUGGAGCUGGUCGCUAUGGACGGAGGGAACCCGUCCCGGUCCGGAACGACGCGCAUCAACAUCAAGGUGAAAGACUACAACGACAACAGCCCGGUGUUCGACCGGAACAGCUUCUCCGUGGACCUGCCCGAGGACGCACCGGUGGGCUCCCUCCUACUGGACCUGAACGCGGAGGACCCGGACGAGGGGCUGAACGGGGAGGUGGUGUACGGGUUCGGUAACCAGGUGCCGCCGGAGAUCCGACAACUUUUCAGAGUGGACAGGAAAACCGGGCGGCUCACUCUGGAGAGCCCGAUUGACUUUGAAAGUAAGAACACAUACGAGUUUGACGUCCAGGCCACCGACCUGGGUCCGAACCCGAGCCCGGCCAUCUGCAAAAUCGUAGUGCAGGUGCAGGACGUUAACGACAACGCACCGGAGAUCUCCAUCACCCCCAUGACGUCCAUCACGGCGGGCAUCGCGUAUAUCACGGAGGCGGCGGCCAGAGAGAGUUUCGUGGCGCUGGUCAGCACCUCGGACAGAGACUCGGGAGCUAACGGGCAGGUUCACUGCACCCUGUACGGACACGACCACUUCAGACUGCAGCAGGCGUACGAGGACAGCUUCAUGAUCGUCAGCACCAGCCCACUGGACCGGGAGAAGAUCCCAGAGUACAACCUGACGGUGGUGGCGGAGGAUCUGGGCUCCCCUCCGUUCAGGACCAUCACUCAGUACACCAUCAGACUCACCGACGAGAACGACAACGCUCCGGUGUUCAGCAAACCGGUGUACGAGGUGGCUGUGGUGGAGAAUAACGCACCGGGCGCGUACAUCACCACGGUGGUGGCGCGGGACAUGGACAUGGGGUCAAACGGGAAGGUCAGCUACAAACUGGCGGACACUUAUUUCAUGGGCUCCCCCAUCUCCACCUUCGUGUCUCUGGAUCCCGCCAGCGGCUCGCUUUACGCGCUCCGGAGUUUCAACUACGAGGUGAUGAAGCAGCUGGAGCUCCGGAUCACCGCCAGCGACGGAGGCUCCCCGCCGCUGUCCGGCAGCGCCAACGUGUACGUGCGGAUAGUGGACCAGAACGACAACGCUCCGGUCAUUAGCCAGCCUCCUCUCCAUAACGGCUCUGCUGAAGUCCUGCUGCCCCGGGACGCACCGAGCGGCUACGUCAUCACCCGGGUGGAGGCGCGGGACGCGGACGAGGGCGUGAACUCGGAGCUGUCCUACGGGCUGGCCACCGGGGAGCCCUCCGUGUUCUCCGUUAACAAGGCCACCGGAGAGAUCUAUCUCAACCAGGUGCUGAGCCACGACGUGGACGAGACCCUGAGCGUGACCGUGACGGUGAGCGACAACGGGAGGCCCGCGCUCACCUCCACCGCCACCCUGCACUUCCUCAUCAUCGCCGGGUCCCCGCCGAGCGACAGGACCGUGUACCAGCCCGGUGGCAGCCUCGGCGGAGGGGAGGAGGCGCACUCUCAGUGGGACCUGUCGGUGGUGAUCAUCGUCGUCCUGGCGGGGAGCUGCACUCUCCUGCUGCUCGCCAUCAUCCUCAUCGCCACCACCUGCAACCGGCGCAAGCGGGACAAGAGCGGGGAGGACAGCGACUCGUACGGGGAGAAAGACACACUGGAGCGGGGCAGAAGCCACGUGGCUGACAACCCGCUACUGCCGCUGCACGGAGCCGGUGGAGGAGCAGGAGGAGGAGGAGGAGCGGCGGGAUUUGAGGGACACUCCUACAGCAGCCAGCCCGGGGGCUUCACCUCUGCUCACCCGGGGGGCAGCGACAUGUGCUCGGCCUCGGAGGAUGGCAGCGAGGUGCCCUGUGUGUACGACUCAGACAACAACAGCAAGCUGCGAGGGAACAAACACGAGGGAUACUCCACUCUGCCUGGCUACGGGAAUGGAAAGGAGGCUGUGAGGCCCAUCACCAUCUGGAAGGGGAACUCUUACACCACCAUCUCUGCCAGAGAUCCAGCCUUCAGUGGUAAAGACAGUGGCAAGGGGGACAGUGACUUCAAUGACAGUGACAGUGAUGUGAGUGGGGACACCGGCCUGAAGAAGGAUGGGGCAGUGGUUCCUCCCAUGGGAGGCCAAAAUGCUCUGUGGGCCUGUACCAGUGAGUGUAAAGUCCUGGGUCACUCAGACAGAUGCUGGAGCCCCUCUGCAGUAAGAGCCAACGCCGCCCCCUCCCCGGCCCCGACCCUCUCCUCCUUCAGCAGCCUCUCCAAAACAGCCUCCCUGCCCCGGGACCCCCACCGCAGGGACAACUACUACCAGGCCCACAUCCCCAAAACUGUGGGGCUGCAGAGUGUGUACGAGAAGGUGCUGCACAGGGAGUACGACUACGUCCUGGUCACCCCACCCAGACCUGUGAGGGUGCAGGAAGUCAGCGACAUCAGCAUCCCAGUUUACACCCCCACCCCAACACACUGCCCCAACAACGACGUCUAAAACUGACAACAGCACACACAAACCUAAGCUCACUCUCAAAGAAAUGUAUAGUGUAUUCAGAUUUUUAAUUUAUGAGUCAUUGACAAUGAGGAUAAUGUAACUAUUUGAAGUUCUUUGUUGUGGAGAGUGUGCAUAUAGAAGUUUAUAUCCUAAUAUGUGUGUGUGUGUUUGUUUGUUUUAAAUGUAAAAGCCACAUUUGAAGUCCAUUCAAUCACUUUGGAGACAUUUUGUUGGACAUGAAGUGUAUCAUAUGCAAGAUUUGUACAUACAGAGGCUUUAUUUUUUAUACAAAAAAUAAUAAUUAAGCAAAGAUGUGUAAAUAAGAAUUGUAAUUAUUGAUCUUUAAGCAUGCUUACUAUUUAAAAAGGGCCCAGAAACUGGUGAGUUUGAGGGCUGGUGACCCACAAUGUAUCAAGUUGAUAACAAUGUAUGGAAUCAUUUGAAUGCAAUAAUAAUUAAUUGUACAGGAUUUUUCUAUCAUCACGAUAUUCUGGGAAGGAAAUAAACUUUGAAAUACUGUUCUGAA